AUGCCUUAUGAGUAUUUACCACCAAGCCAACACCUCUCACCUGCACCCCAACACACACCUGACUCACGCCCCUCACCCACACCCAUCCCCUCAUCCCACUCCUCACCCACACCCCCCCCCUCACCCAUCACCCAACCUCUCACCCACACCUACCUCUACCUCACCCUGUCCCUCAUCCACAUCUCACUCACCCCACCCCUCUCCCCACACCCCUCUCCUCAUCACCCCACCCUCACCCACACCCACCUUCCCACCCCACACCUCACCCACAUCCAUCUCCUCAUCACCCCACCCAUCACCCACACCCAUCUCCACCUCAUCACACCCCCUCACACACAUCCAUCUCCACCCCGCACCUCCUCGCCCCCACCCAUCUUCAUCUCACCCAUACCCAGAGCCACAUCAGUCAUCCACACCCCUCAGCCACGCCCCUCACCUCCCGCACACCCUUCACCCCCACCUUCUCUUUACCAACUCACCCCAUCCCUCAUACAUUUCACCCACACUCGUCAUCUAUAG